GCCGUUAAUUGUGCCACUACGCAUUCAAAUGUUAACCUACAAUUUUAUUGCAAAUAUCAUAAACAAAUAUGAAUAUUUCGUGGAUUAGUAUAACACCAAAGUUGAAAACUGGUAUCGAUAUAAUAAAUUCAAUAGAAAAGUCACAAUUUGCAAAGCUACUUGAACAAAUACACAGAUUUCAUUCAGAAGAUCCUUUCUCACAGUCCGAACUACAGGAAUUGCAGGAAAAUUUAGGUUUAAACUUGAAACAACUGGAACUCCUCUUGCAAACUGCCUUUUACAUAUUUAAACAAAGUCUCAAGGUUAUUUUAAAACCAACUGGCUUACAGAAGCAGCUAGUAGAAGCCUUAAAUUUUCGUGAUGACAAAGCAGAAGAAUUCGUUAAAGCUUGGACAAUAGUAACGAAACGUGAUUUUGGGAACUUGGAAGAUCGAUUUAAUUUAACCGAAAUUUCGUGGGAAUUAAACUUACAAACGUCUUCCCCUCUUCAGUCCAAGGAACUUACCCCAAAUCUGCAAUUGAAGCUAGGUUUAACUAAAACACACUCAGUUGAUGAAAAAAACAUUCUUCUAGAACUGGAUGAAAAGGAAUUACUUCAGUUAUAUAAUACAUUCGAAAAUAUUCAAAAUAAAAUUGAUUUUCUGCAACGAAACGAUUAAAAUGUAGAAACAUUUUUUUAUUCGCAUUAAGUGAGAUUUACAAUAAAGCUUUUCUGUGCAUCAGUA